UUCAGGCUGGCAAAAAAACAGCUAACUUACGGAAAAGUUAGUUUCUUUGCUGUAAAAACCUUAACAAGAUUUUCCACAAGAAAAGGCUGAAGGAAAGCAUCAAAACAUCUCUGGGUUAGACGAUUAGACCCCUUAAUAAAAUUUAUGGUCCCUCAACAAGAACCAAGGCCACUAGAAAUGUUAGAAGGUGCAUCCAGUUAUUAACAUGACCAAAUCUAGAGGCCCACUUGGUCAACAAGAUAAAGGGAAGAAUAUCAAAAGGCCAUACUUCUCAAAUAUCCUAGAUUGCCCUUUCACCAUUAUUAUAGUUAAGCAGAUAAAGAAAACAAUAAGGCACUUUUAGCAGGUUAAAAGACAUGAAUCAGGAUGGAGGCAGCAUUUAGUCUACGUAAUCAUAUCACUUCUUUACAAUGCUAUACUAACAUGGUCAAUUGUUAUCAUGCUUCACAAAGAGGGGUCCUACAUAAGUUUUGAUUCAGAUGUUAAGUAACAAAGGUGCAAGUGGGACUUUACCAGCAUGGGUAAUUUGGACAAUUUCAAAGGCUCUACUAAAGCUAUGCAUGGAAAAGUUUGCACAAAACCUAGCUUCUGGCUUCUGUCUGUGGUCUAUAUAAGGCAGCUACAGUACGCCCAAAAACUCUAGAUCUCAGCCCAGCAAGAGAUUUGGAGCGUUCUUGCUCCUCCAUCCAUUAUGAUCUCUUGGGUAGCCAUCUACCAUGUUCUUGAAGCGACAACACCAUUGUAUGUAGCCAUGAUACUAGCCUACCUAUCCAUAAAAUGGUGGAAGUUGUUCACUCCAGAGCAGUGCUCUGGGAUCAACAAGUUCGUGGCCAACUUCUCCAUCCCUCUUCUCUCUUUCCAGGUCAUCUCCACAAACAAUCCUUACGACAUGAACCUCAAGCUCAUAUUCGCAGACAUCCUACAGAAGUCGAUCGCCUUGCUGGGGUUUGCAGCCAUAUCUAGAGCAUGUUGUGCGGAGAAGUUUGAUUGGCUCAUUACAGGUUUCUCUUUGUCGACACUGCCCAAUACGCUGAUUGUCGGUAUCCCAUUGCUGAAAGGAAUGUAUGGUGAUGAAGCUGUCAAGCUGAUAAGUCAGAUAGUUGUCCUACAGAGCCUAAUUUGGUACACACUUCUUCUCUUUCUGCUUGAAUUCCGAGCCGCCAAAGGAAUAGCUGCCGCACCAUCAUCUGAAAUUGUAGAUGAGGAAGAAGCAGGUACUCUAGGAGCUACACAACAGACAUACCAAGAGGGCCAGUCAAAAGGUGUAUCAGCAAGAUGUUCUAGGGCCUUCCGCUUUUUGUUGGUGAUUGGGAUGAAGUUAGUGAUGAAUCCGAACAUUUACGCAUGCCUGAUCGGUCUAAUUUGGGCACUGAUUAGCUUCAGGUGGCAAAUACAGUUACCCUUGAUCAUCAGUAACUCCAUAAGGAUACUCUCAGAUGGAGGGCUGGGAAUGGCAAUGUUCAGCCUGGGUCUUUUCACAGCUCUACAGACAAAAAUUAUAGCCUGCGGAACUAAGAAGAUGCUACUGUCACUAGGCAUCAGGUUCUUUCUAGGACCAGCCCUGAUGAUGAUCUCUUCCUAUGCUGUUGGGAUGCGUGGAAUCUUGCUCAAGGUGGCCAUUGUGCAGGCGGCAUUACCUCAAGGAGUAGUGCCAUUUGUAUUUGCGAAGGAGUAUAAUGUGCAUGCAGAUAUUCUAAGCACUGCGAUAAUUGUUGGUAUGAUGGUCGCAGUUCCUGCCACCCUAGCUUACUACUUUGUUAUCUAACCUAUGAAAACUUAAAUCUUAGUCACUCAAAUAUGUUUAUUCGGCCAAACAAUAGCAGGGCAGUGUAGUGUAAAGGGCAAAUUCAGCCAUGGGUGUGAAUAUUUUGCCAGGCUGUAAAUAUUUGUGUUGUGGACUUGGAUCGUGUGGUGUGGUGACCCAACAUAAAGAUAAGAUAUGUUUGUACUC